UCGCCACUGUACUCCACAGCAAGUGCAACACAGGGCCAGAGUGGAGAGCUAGCUAGCUAGUGCGACUUCAAGAAGCCUGACGCCCUCUCGUGGCACCACGAUGCCGCCGCCGGGCUCCUGGUUCUACAAGCUGCGGCGCAAGCCAGGAGGCGACGCCGGCGAGGUCCCGAGAGGCGAUCGUGCUCCGGCGGUGGUGACGACGCCCUCCUCGUCGUCGGCGUCGUCGCGGGGGGUGCCCGUGCCGCCUCCGUGCACCCCGAACAGGGCGUCCUACUACGUCCCCAGCGGCGAGCGUGGAGCUGUCAAGGGGAUUCCGAUUCCGCCCAAGCGCCGGGACACGCAGUUGCCGCGCAGCCCGCAGCCGAGCGACAUCGUCUUCGACGUGGUCACCGUGCCGCGCGCCGCGGCCGACCGGUUCGACGGGCUCGGGGCGAUGCCGGAGCUCAAGUUGCGGCCCAUCCUCACCAAACCGGCCGGCAGGAAGGUGGACGGGGAGGAGGAGGGGGCAUCGGGCAGCGGCAGCGCGUCGCCGACGGCCAGGGCGCGGCGGCGGCGACGGCCGCGGAUACACGUGAAGCCGAGCGGCGGGCGGAAGGGGGGGAGGCCGGCGGACGCGCAGCCCCCGGCGACGGCGACCGCCAAGCCGCGGAGGCGACAAGCGAGGCGGGGGCGGUGGCUGCAGGAGAGCCUGGUGGUGGUGAAGGAGUCAGCGGACCCGGAGGAGGACUUCCUGGCGAGCAUGGCGGAGAUGAUCGCGGCCAACGACGAGGUCCGCGCGUCGCCCCGGGGCCUCGAGGAGCUGCUCGCGUGCUACCUCGCCCUCAACGCCGCCGAGCACCACCGCGCCAUCGUCGCCGCCUUCCGGCGCGCCUGGCUCGACGACGCGCCCACCAGCACCGCCAAGCACAGGCCGCCGCCGUCGCAGGGCCUAGCUAGCUAAAGCUAGUUACUCUUACCAACUUACGCGCCACGUGUGCCGUGUACAGUGCGAAAAUGGCGGUGGUUUGUGAAAGUUUCUUGGCGCGAAUCCCCAUGGCCGCGGCUUGCUCGAUCGAUCGAUGGUUGCUCGCUGCUGCGAUUCUGCAAAGCCGGAGGAUCGACGAGCGCACGCGCGUCACGGGGUACUCUGCUCUGCUCCCAGUCGUUCUCAAGGGAAUCGAUCGAUCGUGCGCUGUCUUUCUUUACAGAUAGGAGCAGCCGAGUAGGCCUACCUGCGUCAGAAUUUGUUCAUGCUGGAAGAACACCAUCUCGGAUUUUUCUUCUUGUUGCUGCUGCUCCGUUGAUGCUAAGUGGAGUACGGACUAGUAGGCUAUCGGGGAAGCAUCUCCACGCAUAUAUGGUGUGACAUGCACAUGCACAUGUACAAAAAUUCGGUCAAGUUACUGAUAGUACGUAUCUUCUUCUUUUUUCGCGAGCAAAAAACAAAAAGAUAGAAAGAACGUGCAAUUUGCCGCUUUAGCUUCUUCCAGAUUCCGCUCAUCUUGUGUUGCGUUCCUGUUUAAUUCUUGGCGGGGGAGAUUGUUCA